AUGAAUACUGCCGCAUUAGUGACUAUAUUUUGCACUCUAACAUCAUCAUGGGCAUUCCCUCUUCCAGAUGGAGACAAUAGCGAUACCAAUCCAGGCUAUUUCAAGUUGUCUGCUAGGAAAAUCUAUGGUAGAAACUUGAACGAUGCCUUGCAGAAGAGAGACAACAAUGGCUAUCUCGAAGUGGACCUAUCCAAUGAAAAUACCUUCUAUUUAACAGACAUUGAAAUCGGUACACCUUCUCAGAAGGUCGGUGUCUUGGUGGACACCGGCUCAUCGGACCUUUGGGUCGUCCAAUCCAACAAUACCUAUUGUGAAAGUGGUACAACGGGCCCAUUAAGUAAGGCCCGUGCAGAUAUAAUCGAUUGGAGCUUGAAUACCACUGAUUUACAAAAUCAUGAUAAUUUCAUUGGGAAGGCAACUUCUCAAUCUUCUAAUCUGAUUGAUUGUUCUCAAUAUGGUACUUUUGAUCCUACAGAUUCAGAAACUUUCCAAUCAAAUGAUACUUCUUUUGCAAUCACAUAUGCAGAUUCUACUUUUGCUAAAGGAACUUGGGGAAGAGAUGAUGUUGUCAUUAAUGGCGUCAAUGUCACAGAUCUAUCAUUGGCUGUUUGUGAUGAUGCCGAUAAUGCAAUGGGUAUCUUAGGUAUCGGAUUGGCAGGACUUGAAACUACUUAUUCGGGUUCAUCCUCUUUAAGUUCCCUCUUUUCUUCAAGUGAUAGAUACACUUAUGAAAAUUUACCUCUUAGAUUGAAAAGUUUAGGAAUUAUUAAACAUACUUGUUAUUCGGUCUAUUUGGAUGAAGCCGAUUCGAAAAAUGCAAAUAUCUUGUUUGGUGCAAUCGAUCAUUCCAAAUAUACCGGUAAUAUAGUUGCAUUGCCAAUUGUUAAUUCCUUAAAAUCGAAAAAUUAUGAUACUGCAAUCCAAUUAGAUGUCACUCUAAAUUCUGUCACUCUAAUUGACUCAAAAUCGAAAACUGAGGCAACAUUGGGUAAUGGUGCAGCUGCAGCUCUAUUAGAUACAGGUACUACUUUGACUUAUGUUCCAACUAACCUCUUAAAGGCAAUCUACAAUUUGGUUGAUGCUCAAUACAGUCAGUCGAUUGGUUACUACGUUGUCAAAUGUAAUGCAGUUGAUAAUAUGACAUUGGAUUUUAACUUUCAAGGUUUCGACAUUAAUAUCCCAUUUUCCUCCUUUUUGGUGUCUCUAUCAACCACUUCUGGUUCAACUUCUCAAUAUUGUAUGCUUGGAUUACAAGAUUCUCAGAGUACCACAUUCACGUUGGGUGACAACUUUUUAAGAAAUGUCUAUAUGAUUGCCGAUUAUGAAAAUAUGGAGAUUGGUUUGGCAGUCGCUAAUCAUUCAGCCAGUAAUGAAGACAUACAAGUCGUUUCAACAGGUAUACCUAACGCAAAUCAACCUGUUUCGUCCCUUGAAUAUGGAAAAUCGGUAACAACAUUAGUGGUCCAAUCGACAAUCGUCACUAGCUCGAUUCCUUCCUCCCAAUCUCUUUCAACUGCACAAACUAUACCUGUAUCAACCACAAAGGAUAACAAGGCAAGUGACGAAUCCUCAAUCUCUACUGAUGCCAGAACUGUGUCCUCCAUUCCUUCAAGUACCCACAACUAUGCCGCAAGGAAUGAAGUAGGUGUAAUGGCUGGAGUCUUUGCUGUUCUUGCAGCAUUACUUUAA